AUGCAGCAAAUCCCGAGAAAGAAGCUACAGGCGAGGCUAGGCCACUGGUGGCAACGCCACCGGCCGUUUCACGCGGGAAAGCAGCAGCCGCUGGAGCCACGUCAGGAGGCGCCACAUGAGGAUUUGGGCGGUGAGAGUUGGGAUUCUAGAGGGGAAGGCAGAGGAGGAAAGGUGAGGAUUAUGAAAAGUUUAUCAGAGCAAUACCCGGGACAGGAGAGAUUUAUAGCAGGGCAGGAGACGCGUGUACGGGGGAUUCAGGAAAGGGAGGUGGCGGGAUCUCGUGAGGAGCAAGGCCUUUUACACGUGGAGAAGACAGGAGUUGAAGAGAAGGGAGUUCGGGUUUCUGGCAGAACUGGAGCAGCUAGUAGCGAGGAUAUGGAAGGGGCGGUGUGUUUGGACGGUGGUUUGGCAGUUGGGGUGAAGGGGCGUGUGGAGGAGCAGGAACAGCAGGAGCAGAAGGAGAACGAGAAGAAGGAGCAGGAGCAGGAGGAAGGGGAGGAGGAGGGGGAGGAGCCGAACAAGGGGGGCCCGCAAGGGGGAGGAGAUGGCAAGGAGCAACAGGUAAAUCGAGAGGGAAGGGAGAAGGGGAGAAUUCAGGGGCAGGGAAGUGAACAGGAACGCGGGAAGCAGCAGCAAAGGGAGCAGCACGGGCAGCAGCAGCAAGGGGAGCAGCAGGAGCAAGGGCUGAAGGAGGUGCUAGUUGAGUGGACGCCGCAUGAAAGUGAGUUGCUGGAACAGCAGAUAGUGCAGCAGCAGAGUUUACGGCAGCAGAGUGGGAAACCCAUGAAGCUAGGAAUAGGGAUCACCUCAGAGGAGCUGCAGCAGGUGCUGCAGCAGAGUACGCAGCAAUCGACGCUGGCAAUCGGAACCACCUCAGAGCAGCAGCUGGGUGGGCAGCAGGCGAGUGGGCAGCAGGCGAGUGGGCAGCAGAAUUCGCAGCAGCAGAGUGGGCAGCCCAUGAAGCUAGCGAUCGGGACCACCUCAGAGCAACAACAGGUGCUGCAGGAGCUGCUCGUUCAGUGGCAAGCGGGGCAGCUUCAAGGGGGGACGCCGCAACCCAAUGACCAGCUGCCACCCGCCGAAACUCCUUCACAUACCCUCGCAGCCACAGUACCCCCUCCGCCUGUUCUCCUCAUACCAUUCCGCACUCCUCCCAUCACUCCUCUCCCCACUCCUCUCAUCACUCCUCUCGUCACUCCUCUCGUCACUCCUCUCGUCACUCCUCUCCUCACGCCUCUCCCCACUCCUACUCUCCUCACUCUCUCCCUCCGCUGCACCCCCGCCGAUCCUCCUCCCCACGCGCUCCCCCGUCCCUCCCCUCCACCUCCUCCUCCUCCUCCUCCUCCUCCCCGUCCCCCUCCUCCUCUCCUGCCGUCUCCCCCUCUGCCGCCCUCCACCCCCCUAGCGGAGGCACCAGCAGCAACAGCAGAGGGGGAGGAGUGGGGGGGAGGAUGGGGAGGGGACGGCAAGGGCACAGGAGGGCUGCCUCUGCUGAUAGUUUCAAGUCAUCAUCCCUCGCAGAAUCUUACUUCUCAAGCUCUCCCCUUGCAGCAGCAAGCGGUGCUGCCGGUGCAGCAGCGCAUGCCACGUGCCGAAACGAUUGCUGCUGGAGGAAACAACCUCUUACAGAGGAGAAAUGAUAUCCCUUCCUUUAAAGACAACAACCUUCUUUCUCCUAACAGCAGCAGCAGCAGCAGCAGCCUCCUAUCCCCUCGUAACCGCCUCCUUUCGCCAAUUAGCCGCCCCCAUUUCGCUAAUAGCCGCCUCGUUUCCUCUAGUAACAGCCUCCUUUCGCCAAAUAACCGACUCCUGUCUCCCUCUGGCAGCCACCCCUUCGCCCCUACCUCUCCCCUCUCGCCAAUGCCGGGUUUCUCGCCGGCUUUUUCGCCUGCCCGGAGGUCUAUUCAGCUGCCCAGGUCCCCUUCUGCUGGCUCUGCCCUUGUAGCGGAGGCUUUAGCAGAGAUUAUAGAGGAUGAGGAGUCGGAUAGUAGCAGCUCGUCUGAAGGGGAGGCGGUGGGGGAGGAGGUGGAUGAGGAGGAGGAGGUGGAGGAGGAGGAGGAGGCAGGUCACACCGUGUUCACCAACCUCCUCAGCUCUCCCUCAGACCUCACCGAAUCAUCCUUCGGUCACACAGUGUUCACCAACCUCCUCAGCUCUCCCCUAGACCUCACCGAAUACUCUUUAGGAUUCAUCGCCUCCCUCUGCCUCACACCCAAGAGCGCCACACUCUGUUGCCCUGUUCCUCUGUUGCCCUGUUCCUCUGUUGCCCUGUUCCUCUGUUGCCCUGUUCCUCUGUUGCCCUGUUCCUCUGUUGCCCUGUUCCUCUGUUGCCCUGUUCCUCUGUUGCCCUCUUCCUCUGUUGCCCUGUUCCUCUGUUGCCCUGUUCCUCUGUUGCCUGUUCCUCUGUUGCCCUGUUCCUCUGUUGCCCUGUUCCUCUGUUGCCCUCCCUCAACAGGUCACACUGUUUUCACCAACCUCCUCAGCGCCUUCCUAGACCUCCUAGACCUCCUAGACCUCCUCACCGAAUCCUCCUUCGCUUCUAUUGCCGCUCUCUGCAUCUCCCCAGCAGGUCACACAGUCUUCACCAACCUCCUCAGUUCUCUGCUAGACCUCACCGAAUCAUCCUUCGGCUUCCUCGCUUCCCUCUACCUCAUACCUUCAAAUGCUCCUCCUUUCCUUCCCUCUUCCCUCGUCCCCUCUCCCAGUCCCCAACAGAGCCCACCUCACAACUCACCCCACAACCCACCGCAAGGCUUCACGCUCGCACUUAGAUCCCACGCCAUCAACAACGUAGGCUGGACGGAUCAGCUGCACGGAACCUUCCUGGACGCUUCCUCUUCAACUGGGCUUCUACUCUCCCCCCUUGACCCAACGGGUCUCUUUGGCCGGGCCGCUGUGAGAGGGGAGGCGGUGUGGCAGAACAAUGCCGUGCCGCCUGCUGCUCUCCCCAAGGGACAUCCUAAGCUCUCCUCCGCUCUCUGCAUACCCUUGACCUGUGAACUCUUCCUCUUUGGCCGGGCGGCUGUGAGAGGGGAGGCGGUGUGGAGGAACAAUGCGGUGCCGCCUGCUGCUCUACCCAAGGGCCUUCCCAAGCUCUCGUCGGCCCUCUGCUUACCCCUGACCUGUGCACUGCGUCUCUCUGGCCGGGCGGUGCUGAGGGGAGAGGCGGCGUGGAGGAACAAUGCGGUGCCGCCUGCUGCUCUACCCAAGGGCCUUCCCAAGCUCUCGUCGGCCCUCUGCUUACCCCUGACCAGUCUCUUCACAUUCCCUGAGCGUGCACAGCAUGCAAGAGGCUUGUUGCCUCUCUGCUCUGGGCCCAACAAAGCACUGCGUCUCUCUGGCCGGGCGGUGCUGAGGGGAGAGGCGGCGUGGAGGAACAAUGCCGUGCCGCCUGCUGCUCUGCCCAAGGGCCAUCCCAAGCUCUCCUCCGCCCUCUGUAUUCCGUUGACCUGUGGUGAGUCUUUGCUCCUUUGCUUGUACCUCUCCCCUCUGUGCCCUGUGAGACUCUUUGGCCGGGUGGCUGUGAGAGGGGAGGCGGUGUGGCGGAACAAUGCAGUGCCGCCUGCUGCUCUGCCCAAGGGACAUCCCAAGCUCCCCCUCCGCUCUCUGCAUCCCGUUGACCUGUGCGGCAGUGAGCGGGGAGGCGGUGAGUCUCGUCCCCCUGGCAUCCUCGGUGUUUUUGAGACGUCUCAAAACUACCGUCUCAAAAAUACCCUCUCUACGAGCGGCAGUGAGCGGGGAGGCGGUGAGUCUCGUCCCCCUGGCAUCCUCGGUGUUGCAAUGGUUGGCCCCUGUAUCCUCAGUGUUGCAAUGGUUGGUAACCACGUUGGCGGUUACACGAGACGCUUGGUGCUUGCGGUGCAGCCUGUGGCCAUCACUGCUGCUACAGCCUUUCUCCCGCCUAACCCCCACACCCACCCUUCCUGCUCUUCCUCCCUUCCCCAGGCCCCUGUAUCGUCGGCGUUGCGAUGGUUGGUAACCGCAUCGGCGGUUACAACCAAUCCUUGUGUGACCACCACUGCUGCUGCCUGCCUGUUCGGGUUGCACUGGCGGGCUGCUGGGGGGAGGCGAUUGCGGAAGAAGACGGCUUUGAUGGGAGAGCCUUCGUUCGCCCCGUCUCUACCUCUCUGCCUGCAGAUUGGCCGGAUCCGCAUCAGUCCAGCUGGGCGCAUUGCUGGCAUGGACGCUCCUGCUCAAGCCAUCUUCUCCCUGCUGCCACCCCAUGCAUUCAUCCCACACACCCUUGCUCUCACUCCACGCAUGUGCUCUCACUCCACGCAUGUGCUCUCACUCCACGCAUGUGCUCUCACUCCACGCAUGUGCUCUCACUCCACGCAUGUGCUCUCACUCCACGCAUGUGCUCUCACUCCACGCAUGUGCUCUCACUCCACGCAUGUGCUCUCACUCCACGCAUGUGCUCUCACUCCACGCAUGUGCUCUCACUCCACGCAUGUGCUCUCACUCCACGCAUGUGCUCUCACUCCACGCAUGUGCUCUCACUCCACGCAUGUGCUCUCACUCCACGCAUGUGCUCUCACUCCACGCAUGUGCUCUCACUCCACGCAUGUGCUCUCACUCCACGCAUGUGCUCUCACUCCACGCAUGUGCUCUCACUCCACGCAUGUGCUCUCACUCCACGCAUGUGCUCUCACUCCACGCAUGUGCUCUCACUCCACGCAUGUGCUCUCACUCCACGCAUGUGCUCUCAGGUUGGCGGAAUCCACAUCAGUUUAUCUGGGCGUGUUGCUGGUAUGGACGUCUCAAAACACGAGCCAUCUUCUCCCUGCUGCCGGCCCCUUUUGA